CCUUCUUCUCCAAGAUGAAAACCUCAAACUCCCCUCUCCCAAAAUGGCUCCUCCUCCUCUCCAUCAUUUCCCUCCUCCCCAAACCUUCCGAUCAACAGCCCUCUGCGUCCCCGUCGCCAUCCCCAUUGCCACCGUCGCCGUUUCUCCCGAACCCGAGACUCCUCAAAGCCUACUCCGCUCUCCAAGCUUGGAAACGCGCCAUGACCACCGACCCCGCCAACUUCACCGCCGACUGGUACGGCCCCGACGUCUGCAACUAUUCCGGCGUCUACUGCGCCCCCGCCCCCGAUGACCCCCACAUCCUCACCGUCGCUGGAAUCGACCUCAACCACGCGAACAUCUCCGGCACCCUGCCGGAGGACCUCGGCCUCCUGACCGACCUUGCUCUGUUCCACAUCAACUCCAAUCGUUUCUGCGGCAGCCUUCCGGAUUCCUUCCGGUGCCUCUCCCUCCUCUUCGAGCUCGAUAUCAGUAACAAUGACUUCUCCGGCGAUUUCCCCGCCGUCGUUCUCUCCCUCCCUUCCCUCAAAUUUCUCGAUAUCCGCUACAACAGAUUCCACGGCGAUGUCCCUUCUCCCCUGUUUCAGAAGAAACUCGAUGCUCUGUUCAUCAAUAACAACGAUUUCAAAUUCUCCCUCCCUGAAAACAUCGGCGAUUCCCCUGUUUCUGUUCUGGUUUUUGCUAACAAUAACAUCAAUGGCUGCCUCCCCUCCAGUAUAGCCAAAAUGAAGGACACCCUCAAUGAGAUUAUAAUUACCAAUAGUGGGUUAAUUGGGUGUUUGCCGCCGGAAAUUGGGUUGCUGAAAAAUCUCACCGUCUUCGAUGUCAGUGGUAACAAUCUCGUCGGGCCGUUGCCGGAGACGAUGGCCGGGAUGAAGAAUUUGGAGCAGCUGAAUGUUGCGGACAACCAAUUGUCCGGCGACAUUCCGGCGAGUAUCUGCUCGUUGCCCAAAUUGCAGAAUUUCACUUUCUCGGAUAAUUUCUUCUGCAGCGAGUCGCCGGCGUGCCAGAAACUUCAGGCGAGAGAUGAUCGGAAAAAUUGUAUACCGGACCGGCCACUGCAACGCUCGCCGGAGGAGUGCGUCGCUUUCUACUCUCACCCUGUUGACUGCGGCGUCUUUGGCUGCACUCGCCGGCCGCCGCCUCCGGCACCGUCUCCUUAUUAUCAGUAUCCGUAAUCACUAAAUUUGAGGACUUUUAUUAUCAUUCUGCAACAUGAAUUUUAUGCGAAAGGAUUUUAUAGAAUCAGAGGUUUUUUAUGGAGGAGGUUAGCGAAAAAGGGAGAAGAAACGACCCAGAUUGGUUUUGGGUAUUACUGUUACUAAUUUUCUUAAUUAGCGAUGUGGUUUAAUUCAUAAUUAGUGAUGUGAUUAUGUAUGUAAUUUGAUUUUUUUUUUUUUUUAUUCUAUAGCAGUAUUGCAGGGGCUUGCAAAUUUGGUAAAAGAAUUAAUAGUUAAUGGUAAAUAAUAGAGCCCUCAUUUUUCUA